GAGGCUCGGCGCUCGGCUGGCUGCCCCUUGCCGCCGGCGCCGGGCGGGGUGUCUUUUCUCUCACUCCAAGAUGGCGGCUGCGGGUUGCGGCGGCGAGGCGGGAAGCGGCAGCGCGGAGUGAGGUGGCGGUGCCUCUGCACCCCGGCGCUGCGGCCGCCGCUCGGCGCCGGCGGGCUGGCAGCUCCCGCCUGCGCUCGGCGCCACCGCCGCGGGGGCACGCUCGGCCUGCUCCAGGGGCAGACCUGCGGGCUGGAGUGAGGCCGGAGCCCGCUCGGACCUUUUCCUGUAGACGGGAACGGGGGAAGGAGCCCAGACGUGGCAACACAUUCUCAGGCUCCUGCAGGACCACCAUGGCUUAUGAUGACUCCAGGAAGAAAGAAGAGUUCCUAGAGGGUGACCGAAGUGUUGAUGACGUGGGGCUGGCAGCUGGCAGGACACAGCGAGAGAAAAAACACUCUUACGAGGAUCUACUGCAAGAGGAGGAGGAGAUAGCAGCUCAGGACAGCAAGCUUGUCUUUCUGGGGACAGAACCUCACAAAAAGAAGCGAAAGCACUCCUCCGAUGAGUUCAGCUACAGAGAUCUUUCGCCUUUGGAUCUACCAUCAAAGAAGAAGAAAAAAGCAGUUUCCAGUCCACCCUCUGCUGAUACAACCAUGGAUCUACUCAAAGCUAUCACCUCACCUUUGGCCACUAGCUCAAAGUCUUCGAAGAAAACCUCUGAAAAAUCAUCAUCUCAUUCUUCCUCUGGGCAUUCUGAAAGCAAAAAGGAGCACCACAAGAAGAAGUUGAGCGGAAGCAGUGGGGAGCACUCACUUGACGAUGGCAGCUACCACAAAUCUAAAAAAAUGAAACCUCUCUAUGUGAACACAGAGACACUUACUCUCCGUGAACCUGAUGGCUUAAAGAUGAAGCUCAUCCUUUCACCUAAGGAGAAGGGAAGCAGUGCAGCAGACGAUGAGUCUUUCCCCUACUCUUCACCACCAGCAACUGCAAAGAAAUCUUCAAAGAAAUCAGCUCGAGAUGACCAAGGCUCAUUCCUUCUGGGUCAUGAACUGCAGAGCUUCCUGAAGUCAGCCCGGAAGAAGCACAAGCCACCUCCAGACCCACAUCCGCCUUCCGAGGGGAUUGGUGCUGACACCUCCCUUUUCUCAGAGGGCCAUGGGAGUGAAUACGAUGUUUCAGGUUUGGAAGCACCGCCAGAUUCUGGUUCAUCUUCUGGUGGGGAGUUGGAGGCUGGAGAGCUAGUGAUAGAUGAUUCCUACCGGGAAAUCAAGAAGAAGAAGAAGUCAAAAAAAAGUAAGAAAAAAAAAGACAAGGAGAAACAUAGAGAAAAGAAGCACUCUAAAUCUAAAAGGAGUUCUGGACACCCUGUGGCAGUAGCAGAAGCAACAGUGUCACCACCACCUCCUGCCAGUACUCCCUAUGUUCUUCCUCCACCUCCUCCUGUUUUUCACUCAGAUGGACAGGGUGAGAAGAAGAGGAGAAAGGAAGAGAAGGAGAAAGAAAAAGCUGAGAAAUGGGAGAAAGAGAAGGAAAAGGAGAAGGAAAAGGAGAAAGAGAAGGAAAAGGAGAAGGAAAAGGAGAAAGAGAAGGAAAAGGAGAAGGAGAAAGAGAAGGAAAAAGAAAAGGAAAAAGAAAAGGAGAAGGAGAAAGAGAAGGAGAAAGAAAAGGAGAAGGAAAAGGAGAAGGAAAGGGAAAGAGAAAAAGAAAAACCAAAGAAGAAGAACAUGUCUGCCUAUCAAGUAUUCUGUAAGGAGUAUCGUACAACUAUUGUGUCUGAACACCCUGGGAUAGAUUUUGGAGAGCUGAGCAAAAAACUGGCAGAAGUAUGGAAGCAGCUACCUGAGAAGGAUAAACUGGUCUGGAAACAGAAAGCUCAGUAUCUGCAGCACAAACAGAAUAAAGCAGAGGCCACCACUGUGAAGAGGAAGGCAUCAUCUUCAGAUGGUGCACCAAAAGUGAAAGCUUCUCCAACAGGCGUGCUUUCUCCUCAUAAGAAAUCCCCCUCUAGCACUGUGGUGGUCCCUGCCUCACCAGCCAAAGUCCCUGAGACAGAUCCUAUUGAUGUAGCUGCACACUUACAGUUGCUAGGUGAAUCUCUGAGCCUCAUUGGUCACAGACUGCAGGAAACAGAGGGAAUGGUGGCUGUUUCAGGAAGUUUAUCAGUACUUCUAGAUUCUAUCAUCUGUGCUUUGGGCCCAUUAGCAUGUCUGACAACGCAACUACCUGAGUUGAAUGGCUGCCCUAAGCAAGUUUUGUCAAACACACUAGACAACAUUGCCUACAUCAUGCCUGGACUUUGACAGGAAGAGAUCCUGGGAUGUGCUCAACCUCUGCAUAACUGACUUGUGUGCAUAUGCACUAUGCCGGCACUCUCUAAGGUCUCCAUGUGUAGGGUUUUAACAUUUUAUAUCUGUAUAGUAUAUACAUAGGAUUGUAAUUAUUUGACUUCUAUUAAUUUUAUGAAAAGUUGUGCAGUUAAGCUGAAAGAACCCUUAUCUGUUGGUGAAUGAAGUGUACUCCAGUCUGAAAGCAUUUUUAUGAAGAAUUCAGAAAGCUUUUGAGAUAUUAGCCUUAAAUUCAGAUCUGUUAGUGGGGGAAGCAGCCGGAGGAUCAAUUUCUAGAUAUAUAUAUUAAAAAAAAAGUUACCAUAAAAGUGGUCAAUGGAAUGGAUUGCCCAGAGAGGGUGUGGAUUCUCCACCCUUGAUAUUCAAAAAUUGACUGAGCAACCUGCUGUAGUUGGACUUUAUUUAAGCAGAGGUGGACAAGACGACCUCCUGAUAUACCUUGCAACUUAAGAUUGGAAGGUUAAUUAUUCCAUGUGCAGUUAGAGAUGCUAAUUUAUUUUGGACCAAGGAGUAGAACUGAACUCUUCACCAGCCCUGUUUCUAACUGUUUUUCAGUUUAAAAUCUACUGCUUGAGGGAAAAGCUGGAUAGCUGAUAAAAGAUACAGAGGUCUUCACCUCUCGGUCACAACUUCCAAGCUUCCCUCUUCAGUGACUGAUGACUGAAAGUUGUCAGCGUCAGCUGGCUGGUCUGGUAGCUUACAUUUGGUUUAAAGUUGAAGAUGGCAACAAAUUUGUUCUUUUCUUGUGGACUUGCAUCCAAAUUGCCAUUAGCACGAGAUAUCAAGAGACUGCAUUGGCUUGUGAGAAUGAACCUCCUGCUGAUUUUUCCAGGGCAUGGUCAGCCCACUUUGAUGGAGAGGAGAGUGGUAGCAGAUGGGAGAAACCUGGAUUGCCUCUGCUCAUCUUGCACAUGUUUUGUGAACAGAGGACUUGAGCUUUUGAGAUUGCUGAUCCCAUGCCUUUCACCAGCAGUAUUGAAAGAGCCAUGGUGCUGCUGUGAGGCAGUGACUAAUGACCAGUUUGAAGCAGUAAUGACUGAACAAGGUACAUGUCAGUUGAUUGGACUGAUUCCCCUUCCUUCCAGCCACAUACUUGGUAUUUUGGUUUUCUGCUCCUCUAGAAGAGAUGCAGGAGAGCACUUGAUUCUCAUAUAGGCUUUUGUGUGUCUGUGUGUAUGUGGUGUUCAUAUCAUGUGUAUUUAACUUUUACCAAUAUCUGUAACAGAUUUUAAUUUAUCCUGUAUAUUUCUCUGUGUGUGUGUGUGUGUGUGUGUGUAUAUAUAUAUAUAUAUAUAUAAUUUAAAAGCAAAAAUCCCUCCCUCCACCAACAAUGUGUGGAAAAUAUGAAUCAGGUGUGCCUCAGCCACUUCCUGCAGGCAUCAGCUCUAUGCGCAGUAGCCGACAUUGGCUCUGUAUGGGGAAACAAGAACAAGAUUUUAAGUGUUUGUAAAAAACAGACUAUCUUAUGAAGCUGGGUAGAAGCUGGAGCAUAAGGCUUUUUAAUUUGACCCCAGCAUCUCCAGCCCUUAUAGCACAAAAGUUUUAAAAUGAUAGAGGAGCACUUUUGGACUACUUCCAAUUUGAAGUGUACUUUCUCUUUUUCAGGGCAGUUGAAAGCUGUCCCUCAUUAUGGCUGAGUCCCAAAUCAUAUUUAAAUUAAAUCCUCAGGUGUGCAGGAGGGUUUUUCUCCUCAUUCGUCUUUACCAUGUAUUCCCCAACUGUGCCAGUGCACGGCAGUCUGUUACAGAGCUUUUCUCAGUUCAAUGUUAUGUUUUCUCAGUAAGUUAGUGGAUGAAGCAGAAGAUUCUUAUAUAAGUUCUUAUCAUGUAAGUUCUUAUCUGAAGCCUCAGACCAGAGAAUACAUAUGUUGACAAUAUAUGACUAAUCCCAGAGAUCUUGAAAUUGGGAAGAGGCCUGAGAGGGACGCAGACUAAUUCAGUUUGUGAUUCUGGACCCUUACUAAAGCAUCUGCUGUUGGGACUGGCACAAAAUAACUGGCUCUUUCCAGCCCUUUACAACGGACAGCAUUGUGGUAAAGGGGUAGAUCUCUAAGGAACAGAAGGGCAUCAGCUCUAACUUUGUCAUCUGUACAAUGGAAAACUCUUGAAGAGUUUAAAAACACACACAACCCUAGUGUAUUGUAUUUUUAUUUAAAAUUUGUACACUUUGUAUAAUCUGUAUCUUGUGGUAUUUGGUACUAGAGGGAAAACUUUGGUGAGACUUAGCAGUUUUUAUAUUUUUGUUAUUUCCUUGCUGUUUGAUCCAGAUUACAUUACAAUUAUAUAAAGAAACUUUUUUGUACUGUACUUACAAUAUAAUUUUUUUAACAUUU